AUGUCGUCGUCCGAAGGCGCCCCGGAGUCAUGGAUCUCCUCGUUUUGCCAACUUAUGGGUCAUGAGUUCUUCGCGGAGGUUUCUGAAGAUUUUAUCGAGGAUGAUUUCAACCUGACAGGCCUGCAGUCUCAGGUGCCUAUGUACAAGGAGGCCCUGGAGAUGAUUUUGGAUGUGGAGCCGGAAGAGGACGAAGAGGAGGAGGAAGAGGAAGAAGAGGAUGAGGACGACGAUGACUUACUUGGUGAUGAAAAACCGCCUGGGUACCGAAGGGAACGAAGACACGCAAGGGUUGCAAGUGAUUUGAGUGUGAUCGAGAGCUCCGCAGAGCUGCUCUACGGUUUGAUCCACCAACGGUACAUCACCUCACGGCCAGGUAUCCAGCAGAUGCUAGAGAAGUACGAGAUGCAACAUUUCGGCGUCUGCCCGCGGGUCUAUUGUAAUGGAUGCAAGGUGCUCCCCGUUGGUCGUUCUGAUACGCCAGGCCAGGAGACCGUGAAGCUCUUCUGCCCUAGCUGCCAGGACCUGUAUACCCCUCCAAACAGUCGGUUUCACUCCGUUGAUGGCGCCUUUUUCGGAACUACAUUCGGCUGCUUGUUCUUCAUGACAUUCCCUGACCUGGACAUCGGACCAACGUUCGACGUAAACCUAACUCUAUCACCAACGCGCUCAGCCUCAUUCCCUUCGACUGCCACAACCACAACCACGACCUCAGGUAUCAGCAACCAACCCCCAUCGGACACGCCUCGUCCCGUUUACCCGAUAGAACUCAAUGGCACACGAACGGCCAGCUUCGCACCCGGUCUAGGAGAAGGCAAGCUGUUCGAAUCGCGAAUCUACGGUUUCAAAGUUUCAGAACGGUCGAGGUCCGGUCCUCGCAUGAAGUGGCUGCGGAUGAAGCCAACAAACAUCCUCGAGCUAGACGAAAUGACCUAUUUCCAAUCGCUACAGCGCAGCUACGACGACGAUGGCGACGCAGAGAUGGGAGGAGACAACGCACAAAAUGCGAACUCGGCUAUCGCACAACGGAAAAAGGCCCCUAUGCGGCGGCGGCGGUACAACCCGGACCAAAUGAACAUAAACGGGGUUGCGGGUUGA